UCUGUAUAAAGCUUUUUCCCUUGACCGUUUGUCCUCCCAGGCCUGAGACUGCUUCUGAAGUCAAGAGAACUGAAUACACCCAGGAUUCCUUCUUGGGAACUGGGUACUUGUCUUUGAAGAGUAGAGUGUCUUUGGAGAAGCUUGUGGCACCAGGAUUUGAGGCACAGAGUGAAGGUUGACUGUUAGGUGCCACGUCUGGUGCUGGGGAUGGGGAACUGAAUGGAUACACAGAUAAAUGGCACAGAAUGACCAGCGCUACGAGAGUGGUGUAAGAGGCUGAAGAACAAAGUGAUUACUGUGGGCUGGGACACCGGGAGAGGCUUAAAACAAGAAGUGGGAUGUGGAGAUUGCUAGAGAGGAAUAGGAAGAAAGGGUAGACUCAAGACAGAGGAGAAGACUUUUCCAGGCAGUGGAAAAAACAGCAUAUAGACUCAGAAAUGCCUGGGAAGGAUGUGCCUAGGCGAGUUGCUCUGAAGCUAAGUUUUCAAAUGAGGGGUCGGUUUGAAGAGGCUGUGUAGGACAAUUCUUGUAUUUCUAUACGGCUGCUUUUGCGAUCACCGUAGACCCAGUGAGCACAUCUUUACCGAACAGAGGGAACCCUUCUUUUUCCUCCUGUCCCUCUGCCAGCUCUUUGAGGUUAGGCCUGGAAUCUCCAAAGAAUGACCUGACUGUCUCAGUAAAUAUUUGGGGUGCAAAGAACUAGACCAUUGUGCAAGCCCUGUGUGCCCACUCCACCCUUCCUCCUAUUGAGUCCACUGCAGAGUGGGGCGGCUCACAGAGUAUGGCCAAGGAAGCCAUCCUUCCCCUCCUUGUAAACAAGCUUUGGCACAGAGAUAAGGCGCGUUGGUCCCUGCACCCUGUUCUCAGCAAAAGCAAUGAACAUUUGUGCAUGAAAUGGGACUGUUAAAUGACUGCUGGUUUUCUUUACACUUUAUGGUUCAUCAGUGGGUUUUCAAUGACCUUAUCGUAGACUGGACAUAGCAAAAUAUCACGGCACAAUUUUACCUAAAUGGCCUUUUGCUUACACAAAUCCCAUUGUUCUGUGUCGAAAGGAAACCCUUUCCUUUCCGGGCAAAGACAACGUGAAGGUAUGUUUAUGAACUGGAUAACAACCCCUGUCAUGAAUGAGACCAAGGAAGACGGAAGUAAACAUAGAAGGUGCCUUCAGUGAGGUUUGGGAGAAAGGACCUGAGGAAGGUUCUCGUGCCUCUUCUACAAGCUUUCCAUCUAAAAUUUCCUUCUCAUGGAAAGAAGAGCUUUAUUCUGUAAAUUCUCCGGGGAAGAUUAUGACCGUCCUAAUUCUUACACUGACAAGUCCAUAUCAGUGUUUUCCCUUUGGAAGAAGUAGAGACCUAGGAGAUGAGAAAACUCACUCAAAGUCUCAGAGUGAAAGAAAUGAAGAGAAGAUUGAAGCCCUAGCAUUUGGCUUCCAGGUCCAGGCUCUUAAACCCCCUGCUGUGCUACCUCCUUAACACCGGAGGCAACUGCUGCAGAAUAAUCUUCUAUGGAUCAACUUUCCCUUUGUAUGCAUGAGCCUUCAAGAAAAUCCUCAAGUCUGGGUGCCCAGCAGUAAGAAGGUUCAGCACUUCCAAAAGAACAGGCCGAAAGACAAGAUGAUGGAAUGAUGGAUACAGGAACCCAGCUGCGCAGUCUCCGGCCGCGGGCCUGUGGCGAGCAUGGCGGCGUCUUCAAGUGGAGAGAAGGAGAAAGAGCGGCCGGGAGGCGGUUCUGGAGCGGCCGGCGGUAACAGCACGCGAGAGCGACUGCUGUCUGCCCUGGAAGAUCUGGAGGUCUUGUCGAGAGAACUUAUAGAAAUGUUAGCAAUUUCAAGAAACCAAAAGUUGUUGCCACCUGAUGAGGAAAACCAGGUCCUGGAGUUGUUAAUUCACAGAGAUGGGGAAUUUCAAGAACUGAUGAAAUUGGCACUCAAUCAGGGAAAAAUCCAUCAUGAAAUGCAAGUUUUAGAAAAGGAAGUGGAGAAGAGAGACAGUGAUAUUCAGCAACUACAAAAACAGCUCAAGGAAGCAGAACAAAUACUGGCAACAGCUGUUUACCAAGCAAAAGAAAAACUCAAAUCAAUAGAAAAAGCAAGAAAAGGUGCCAUCUCCUCUGAAGAAAUAAUUAAGUAUGCACAUAGGAUUAGUGCAAGUAAUGCUGUAUGUGCCCCACUGACCUGGGUUCCAGGGGACCCACGGAGGCCGUACCCAACUGAUUUGGAGAUGAGAAGUGGAUUAUUGGGUCAAAUGAACAAUCCUUCCACUAAUGGUGUAAAUGGUCAUUUACCAGGGGAUGCACUUGCAGCAGGCAGAUUGCCAGAUGUCCUUGCUCCACAGUAUCCAUGGCAGUCAAAUGACAUGUCAAUGAAUAUGUUACCACCAAAUCACAGUAAUGACUUUUUGUUGGAACCUCCGGGGCAUAAUAAAGAAAAUGAAGAUGAUGUAGAAGUUAUGUCAACAGACUCCUCUAGCAGCAGUAGUGACUCUGAUUAAACACACAAAAGACAAAAUUCAUACAGAAUUGAAUACUGUGGGGGCACUUGGGUGACUUAGUUCAGCGUCGGACUCUUGAUUUUGGCUCAGGUCACUAUUUCAGGGUUUUGAGAUCAAGCCCUGCUUCAGGCUUUGUGCUGGGCAUGGAGUCUGAUUAAGAUUCUCUCUCCCUCUGCCCCUUCUUCCACCUCUCUCCCUUUCUAGAAAACAGAACAGAAUAGAUUACUAUGGAAUUCUGUUUCUUAAACAGUUGCAAGCCUGUAAUAAAUAGCUAGGUCAUACUGGCUAUAGUGGAAUUGUACAACCCAUAAAAAUCACUGGACUUUAAAGCCAAAAAUCAUGGUUUCAGUUCUAAACCACUAAGUAAAUAUUUAAAGAAUAAUCAAAAUUUACUGUUGGGGGAAAAAAAAAGUAGUGCCACUCUACCCAGUUAUGUUCCAGUUAUGUUGGACUUGAACAUAGUAGUUCUGGAAAUAAAAGUUGAGGGAAAUGACCCGUGUACAUACCACUAAUCAGCCCCUGAAAUUAUUUAGAAAAGCAUUCUAAAUAAGGGCAGUGGAUCACUGAAUGUGUAUCUUAUCUUGAAAUAACAAAGCCCUCAUUUGAAAGUGAAAGCUGGUAGCUUCUGUCACAACAGGGGAGAUUGUCUCAAUUUGUACUAUCUGUAAUUAUUGUGAUUUUUGUAAAUAAACUCACUUUUGUUUGUACUCUG